AGUCAACGCGUGACGUACAAGACGUUCCGCCAGUACCGUGUGCUUGGCAAGGGAGGCUUCGGCGAGGUCUGUGCGUGUCAGGUUCGAGCCACGGGCAAAAUGUACGCAUGUAAGAAGCUCGAGAAGAAGCGUAUAAAGAAGAGGAAAGGCGAGAACAUGGUGCUCAUUGAGAAACAAAUACUUCAGAAAGUCAAUUCAAGAUUUGUGGUGAGCCUAGCGUACUCGUACGCGACCAAGGACUCGCUGUGCCUGGUGCUGACCAUCAUGAACGGCGGCGACCUGAAGUUCCACAUCUACAACAUGGGCGUGGAGGCAGGCUUUGAUCUCGAGAGAGCUGUCUUCUAUUCCGCAGAGGUGGCGUGUGGUCUGGAGUGCCUGCACAACCUGGGCAUCGUGUACAGAGAUUGCAAGCCGGAGAACAUCUUGCUUGACGACCACGGCCACGUCCGCAUUUCAGACCUUGGUCUUGCUGUGGAAAUUCCAGAAGGAGAUUUGGUCCGAGGUCGCGUGGGCACCGUUGGCUACAUGGCUCCUGAAGUUAUAGACAACGAGAAGUAUACCUUCUCUCCUGACUGGUUCAGCUUCGGGUGUCUCGUCUACGAGAUGAUUGAAGGACAAGCGCCUUUCAGGGCUCGCAAGGAGAAGGUGAAGAGAGAGGAAGUUGACCGCCGGGUUAAAGAGCAAGCAGAGACUUACUCGGACAAGUUCUCAGACGAUGCAAAGUCCAUAUGCCAACAGCUGCUGGCGAAGCGGCCACAGGAUCGUCUUGGGUGCUCCGCGGGGCGUCAUGGCGCAGAGGUGGUCAAGCAGCACAGCUUCUUUUCAUCCAUCAAAUGGAAGCGUCUCGAGGCUGGCAUGUGCACGCCGCCCUUUAUGCCUGACCCACAUGCAGUGUACGCCAAGGACGUGCUUGACAUAGAGCAGUUCAGUACUGUGAAAGGCGUCAACCUAGACACCAAUGACGACCAGUUCUACCAGCGCUUCAACACCGGAUCCGUGUCUAUACCCUGGCAGCGAGAGAUGAUCGAGACGAAAUGUUAUGAGGAACUGAACGUCUUUGGCCCCGGCAACACACCAACAAAUGACCUGAGGAUGGACUUGCCUCCUCCGCCCGAGAAGAGAGGCUGCUUCAAUUUCACACGCAAGAAGCGCCGGUAGUUGCUGAGAAAUGGCAGGUUUUCUCUUCGCUGGUCAGUCGUCAGUUCUACCAUUAGCAUCGUUUGUAGAGUUGUGAAGCUCUUCUCUUGAUUGUGGCGCUUCGCCUGCGGGUGCUUCACCUAUGGGGGUUUCAACUGCGUUUGCUUCACCUAUGGGUGUUUCAACUGCGUUUGCUUCACCUAUGGGUGUUUCAACUGCGAUUGCUUCACCUCGAGCGGCAUUCUGCGUCUUGCACCACAGCAGCAGCAGCAACAAUGAUGAAGGCUGCGCAUAAGACUGUGGCAACGUGCCAUUUGUUCACGCAUAAAAUGUUUCUCCAAAGUUAACAGUUAAGGGUUUGAGCAAUGCAGUGAUACCAGUCUAUUUUGUAAAUCAUCGUCAUUCGUCAAGAAAUCUAGACCAUCAGAUUGUGUGGAAAACAUCUACACCUUCUUAAGCAGGUGUUAAGUACUAUCAUUAACAAGAAUUGUGUUUGGAUUUACCUACAUACCUUAGUUCACUAUGUCCAUGAUUUCUAAUAAUUAUGGCUUGUUCUUAAGUGCGUUCUUCAUAUUCUGCUAUAAAAGCAAUCAUCAGUUUGUAGUUUGUAAAAGGUUCUGCCACUCACAUAGAAAGACUCUUCUCCACUCUGUGCUCAUGUUGAUUUUGUUGUCCCAUUUGUUAUAUUAUUUAUCAAGACUCUUUGUAAAGAUUGAAAACUAUUCCCUGCAUUUAUAACUGCUGACAACUGAGGUAAUUUGUGUGUCUUUGUGUAAUAACUGCGAUGUAUUUUGUAUAGAAAUGUAAAUAGGAGAUGCUAGUGCUUUUCUUAGAUGCGAUAGAACUGAGCUGUUCUCACUGACUGAAAUUCAUUGUCUUAAUUUACUUUGUUUUACGUUCUACAACAGAACAAAUAUAUGAAUUACUGAAUUACUAACAGUAUUAAAGUUUUAUAAAUUAACUUCCCAAAGUAGCCUGCUAUACUUUUGUGGAAGGACAUCAAUUAUUAUUCAACCUCUUCCUUUCAUCUUUUAAUCAUACCUACCUAAUCAAAGUCGAUUGAAAAUGUGACUUUGAUCAAUUUAUCGAUCUUUGACCUAAUCGAUCAAUUGAAAAUUUGACAUUCUUUUCUCUGCUCUCUCUUUUACUUCUUUUCUUAUAUGACGAUGAAUUUAUUUUUUCCCUAGUCCAAAUCUACGUAGCCUCUCUCUCAUUUACUUCUUGUCUUGUACGACAAUGAAUUUAUAUUUUCCCCGGUUCAAAUCUAUGUAGCCUCUCUCUCUUACUUCUUGUCUUGUACGACAAAGAAUUUAUAUUUUCCACAGUUCAAAUCUACGUAGCCUCUCUCUCUUUCACUUCUUGUCUUGUACUACAAUGAAUUUAUAUUUUCCCCAGUCCAAAUCUACGUAGCCUCUCUCUCUUUCACUUCUUGUCUUGUACUACAAUGAAUUUAUAUUUUCCCCAGUCCAAAUCUACGUAGCCUCUCUCUCUCUUUUUCUUCUUGUCUUAUAUGACAAUGAAUUUAUAUUUUCUCCAGUCCAAAUCUAUGUAGUCUCUCUUUUACUUGUCUUAUAUGACAAUGAAUUUAUAUUUUCCCAGCCCAAAUCUAAGUAGCCUAUCUCUUUCUUUUACUUCUUGUCUUGUACGACAAUGAAUUUAUAUUUUCCCCAGUUCAAAUCUAUGUAGCCUUUCUCUCUCUUUUACUUCUUGUCAUUUAUCACAAUGAAUUUGUUUUCCCCAGUCCAAAUCUAUGUGUCCUAUCUUGACUGGUUCAUGCGCAAAUUCUGCAUGCUGAUUCCCCGCUGAUGCUGUUUGAUUAUAUUUCGUUGAGCUUAUGAAGUCUGAUGAUGACAAUGAGCGCAUGGAAAAUGAGUUCACUUGGCACACUCUUCGUUAUUUGCUUACAGCCUCUUUUCUCUAUAUUGAUAGUGUCACUCAUCGUCUCGGUGCUAUGUCAUGCGUUCUUGUCACAAAAUUCCCAGUGUUUUGUUAUGAUUUAUUUUUUACGUUUAAGUUAAGGUUUGAUUUUAUAUCUGACAAUGUGUCCUUUAAAAGACUUGUGUUAUAUUAGCACAUUAUUCCAUGUUUUAACAACAGACGUACAAGGGCGCGCAAAUAUUCAACAAUCGAGUCUCCUUUAACAGCUGUAGUGUUGAGCUUUUAUCUAGAGUUAUCUACAACAAUGCUUUCAUUGGAAGCGGGUUAAAUGCAGUUUAAAUCUUAGUGCUAGAUUGAGCCUCCAGGUCGAUCCAUUAUAUCCUGGGCCAGUCCAACUGAGGAAUAGUCCUGGGAUUCCUCUUCAUUUAUUUGCGUGAUCUCUAUUGAGAUUUGUUCUAUAACUUUCUUCGAGUUCCUUUAUUGGUAACCCUUAAAUUCCUUAGCCCUUAAAUUCAAAUGCUUUCUCAUGGUCGAACGAUCGUUUGCCGUUCAAAACCCGGAUAUUGCGUAUCUAACAGAGUCUAAAGUUUUGGUUAAUGAGGUAAAAAUAAAUAAAAUCUAUCUUGAAGGUCAAUAACAUUUAUCUCUUGUCGUGGGCUGUAGGUAGAUUACAGUACAGCUCACUUUCUUCGCACAUCAGGAACCUUCCUUGUGCGACGUUUUUUUCGAAUUCUGGCUCGAGUCUCUGUAUAAAUAUGAAAAGUAUUAGCAUUUGUUCAAGUCAAAUUCAUCAACCUCCGCUCUUCAUCGGAGUGUUUUUUUUUAUAAUUCACUAAAUCCUUUGUCAAAUGAAAAUUACUACCUUCCUGCUCAUGUAUUUCAACGCAGUUGUAUAUUAUUAGAGAUUGGUAAUAUAUUUACUACUGAUCCAGAUCUGUGUUCUUGCCUGCUCGUGACUCGUAAAAUUAGAGAUAUUAAUUCAGCUUCCCUGUAGACUUCCUUCUGCUGAUGAUGCUCACGUGGCGUCUAGAUGCGUUUUUACGCGUAGUUUUCAUUGAAUUUUAAAUGCUUAAUGUAUCGCUGAGGAUCAGACUGGCAUACGGGUUCGCUAGAUGCCGUGCCUCACGGUUGAAAGUUAUCAAUCAGCAAUCAUGUAGCAAGAGCCUGGAAUUUGCAAGAGCGUCAUUUCUAAUAAUGGAAGGUAAUAAAUACUAGCUUGGUAUGGUCUGGAAAAUCGAAAUGCUGUGUGUGCGAUAGGAAACACUCGAGAGCUAAACUCCUGAAAUUCACGUCAAGAACAUCAGCUGCAUCUGCAAGGGGGAUGGGAAAAACAAUGUAGCAUCGAAGAAUGCCAAACUAACUGUUUUCAAAAUUUUUUUGGGAUGUACGCGAUAUUAUCUUAUUACCGACUCGCUCUGUCGUGCAGUUGUCUUCUUUAGUAAAUGCUCAUUUCCUUGGAAAACACUUGCAGUAAGCGUUAAGGUCAUAGUUUGUAAGACGUUCUCAGGAGACCGCUACUAUCAUCCUUUUCCUGUUCUAGCCAAUAUUUUCCUCUGCUUCCUGAUGUCUUGCCGAUCCUUGCCAUUUCCGGUUAGCCGAGGUGUUUUUGGAAGCUCUUUCUCCUUAAAUUCAAACUUAUAUCUACUAUCCCAUUCUUGAAAGGAUGUGUGUGUCAUGUUUCGAUGUUCUUAGUCUAGAUAGCAUUGAUUCUCAAGUGUCUGGCAGUACAAUGCUGUGUCUCCAGUAGCUGUGUCAGCUUCAGAUUGGUGUUCUUUGUUAAUCUAAGGCUUUUAUGGAGUAUCGCUCUACCACGCUUCUUCUGUUAUGGUCAUGCUAUCGUCUAAUCCAUUCGGACUUUCUUGCGAUUGUUGUUUAAAUCCCGCGCAGUCGUGCCAUCUUGGUCUGAUUCAGACUCAGCGCUUGAUUUUCCGUAUUCAACGUUUAGACAACUGCACUUGGGGAUGCAUUUCAACUUGUUUAUCGAACUGUUAUAUUUUUUUUGCUACACUCGGUCUUCAAAUUCUUCUCAAUAAGUUAGUAGGUGAUCAUGGAUUUCUACCUAUUGAAACUUUUGCGAUGCUCGAGGUAGGUACACUCCUUCACUCCGGAGCUGACUAGUGGGCUACUUGUGUUAACUACUAGUACUCGAUGUUGAAUUCCGACAAAUUGUUCAUACUGGCUAUCCGCUGCGGGAACUGCUAGAAACGUGCGUGUCAUCCAUUGUAGUUUUUUUAAAUUUGACCUGUUGACUGUUUUAAUCUUUUUUUAAAUAAUGAUGAGAAUUCGGAAAUACGUGAUGGCCUAGACAUCGAUAAUGAACUCUCUUUCCAUCACUUCCGCUAGCAGCACAAUCUCACUACGGAAUACACUUGAAUGAAUGAUCUUGCAUUAUAGUAUUUUCAUAAAGUUACGUUUGCAUGACAAUUUUUGGAUUAUACACUUAUUGCGACCACUGUGUCCAUGUAUUUUAAAGGAUCAAUUGCGAUUUGAAAAUGCACCUUUUGUAAUUUCGAAGUAAUGUCAUUUGUAAAUAUGUCUCAUUAUUGAAUUAUUUUGUUGGUUCUAACAGCAAGAAAAUUAUUAUAUUUAUAUUUGUAUGAAUUUCCGAAAAAUGAUUGAAUUUCUCGUGGGUUACAUAUCCCAUCUCUUGAAUAAUCUGGAGCAUAUAAUUGCUCGAGAAUCGUAAGGUACAGCACCCAACCGUCUGUUAUCUGCUGCCAUCAUGACGUCAUCGAGCCACCAUCAUGCCACGUAAACUUUACUCCAGUUUAUAUCCUGUGUUCUAAUCCCAGUGCCAGCUUGGCUGGUGUGUAGAUUCUUAGUCUAUGUUCCCUUUAAUUGUAUACAAAACAGAAAAUGUAUAGUCAUAGUUGGUAGAGAUAGGGUCUAAAUGUUGAAUGCUUCAAUGCAUUUUCCCAUGGCUGUUCGUAAAAUCCAGUUUGUCAUCGAUGUCGUCUGAACCACAUCACUUUUCAUUUAUGUGUGCUCGUAUCUUGUACUGUUCGAGUUAUAUGCACGUUCCUACUCUUCCGUGUUAUUAGUUGACUCGACUUCGAAGUAUUUUCUAUUUCUUUCCUAUUUAUCUCGUCUCCUAUUAAUUAAAUUGAUUUGUAUUUCUUCCGGAGCGGGCCUUCGAACCGUUAGGGUUUCUUGCACUUCCUGCCAUGCUCUCGUCUGACUCGUCUCGUUGCUGAAUAUCUUCGAUUGCCUCUAGUUUGCACAACCAAACAAACUUUGUAAAAACGUUCGCUGAUCUACUGUACUUUUCCAAUAAAAUUAUCUUCA